AAUAGCGUCAGCUGAGCGUCGCGACGAUGCCACCUUACUUAUUCAUCUGGUGCCAGUUUUAUUCUGGCCGCGUCGCGAUCGCGCCGUGCCAUGGAUGAGAACUUAUUUUAUUUAUAAUUAUCGUGUCAAGUUUGUUCAUCGGCCCUGUGUGUGCGAGAGUGUGUCCCGAAAUAAUAGCGGAUUAUGAUUUCUGUCCCGGCACCGGAAAAUAUUUCUUCCAAUAACGUAGAUCCGGUUGCUGGGCGACCGGCGCCAGAGCACCGCCGCCACCGUCGUCCCGCCACUCGCCGCCCCAUUAGGCGGCGUCGCGGCGCAAGAUAGCGGCGUCGCGGGGCAAGAUAGCGGCGGCGGGUGAGGGCGUUGCGGCGGCACGGCUAGCGCGACCACCCCCGUCGGAGGCGGCAGGCCUGCGCCGCCCAUGGGCGACCGGGAGGGCGGCGACGGGGGGCAGCAGGCCGCCCGAUGGGACCGAUUCGCCGCCGCCGCCGCCAAUUCCCAUUCCGUCGACACCACCGUAGACGACAGGGAUCAGGGAAGGUACUCCUCCAUUCCCCAAAUGUCUCCCCCGCAACUGCCGCCUGCUCCGCCUCCGCUGCCCCUCCACCUCCAGAGGCCGUACUCAAGGUCGAUGUCCUCGCUGCCCCCCGAGCCGUUCAUGAUCAUGCGCUCCAAGACCCUCAACAGGCGAGUGGUCAUCAACGUCGGAGGGGUGAAGCACGAGGUGCUGUGGAGGACCUUGGAUCGACUGCCGCACACCAGGUUGGGUCGUCUGAGAGACUGCAACACCCACGAAGCCCUGAGCGAGCUCUGCGACGACUACUCCCUCAUAGACAACGAGUACUUCUUCGACCGCCACCCCAAGUCCUUCAGCUCCAUCCUCAACUUCUACCGCACCGGCAAGCUGCACCUGGUGGACGAGAUGUGCGUGCUGGCGUUCAGCGACGACCUGGAGUACUGGGGCGUGGACGAGCUGUACCUGGAGUCGUGCUGCCAGCACAAGUACCACCAGCGCAAGGAGCACGUGCACGAGGAGAUGCGCAAGGAGGCGGAAUCGCUGCGGCAGCGGGACGAGGAGGAGUUCGGGGAGGACAAGUGCUCGCAGUACCAGAAGUGGCUGUGGGACAUGCUGGAGAAGCCGACGACUUCGAUAGCGGCCAGGGUGAUAGCCAUCGUUUCCAUCUUGUUUAUAGUACUAUCAACCAUAGCACUGACACUCAACACCAUUCCAAGUAUGCAAGUGUACGAUGAGAAAGGUAACUUCCAAGACAAUCCGCAGCUAGCGAUGGUGGAAGCCGUCUGUAUCACGUGGUUCUCAUUGGAGUACAUCCUCAGGUUCAGUGCGUCUCCCAACAAGUGGAAGUUCUUCAAGGGGGGGCUGAAUAUCAUAGACUUGCUAGCCAUCUUGCCUUAUUUCGUGUCGUUAUUCCUGUUAGAAACGAACAAAAACGCGACCGAUCAGUUCCAGGACGUUAGAAGGGUGGUGCAGGUGUUUAGGAUUAUGAGGAUACUGCGUAUCCUGAAACUAGCUCGACAUUCCACGGGUCUCCAAUCGUUGGGGUUUACCCUGAGAAACUCCUACAAAGAAUUAGGUUUGCUCAUGCUGUUCUUAGCCAUGGGCGUUCUUAUCUUUUCGAGCUUGGCCUACUUCGCGGAAAAAGAGGAGGCGGGCACCAAGUUCAUAAGCAUUCCAGAGACCUUUUGGUGGGCGGGAAUCACCAUGACCACCGUUGGGUACGGUGACAUCUACCCCACGACACCCCUGGGAAAAGUUAUAGGAAGUGUAUGUUGUAUUUGCGGUGUGUUGGUUAUCGCGUUGCCCAUUCCAAUCAUUGUUAAUAAUUUCGCCGAGUUUUAUAAAAACCAAAUGAGGAGAGAGAAGGCGCUGAAGAGGAGGGAGGCUCUGGAAAGGGCCAAGAGGGAAGGCAGCAUCGUGUCGUUCCACCACAUCAAUCUGAGGGAUGCGUUCGCGAAAAGCAUGGAUUUGAUCGAUGUUAUCGUGGAUACUGGUGAGAAGUGCGCUCUUAUCGGUGAAAACGAAGACAAUCGCAGACAUUCAUAAACAAAAAAAAACACCACCAUAAGUUCGCUCGUUAUCUCCGAGAAGCAUGCCAUUUCGCUUGUGUAUAAGUUCAAAAAGCACACACCGAAUUCCCCGAACCAUGAAACCGCUUUCUCGAUGUUAUGUGCACGGCAUGGCCACUAGCUGGCGAUCUAUCGGCGACGCGGGUGCACGGCAUGGCACCAGAUGGCGCCAGCCGCAUCUCGCUGACGGUUGUCUCGUUAGGCCACAAUAUGUCUCACGCGGACGGCAACAGCACCGAGGGGGAGUCCAUCGCGGGGCGGAACCCCGCCCAAACGGGCACCGGCUGCUACAGGAACUUCGACCAUUUCCCUCGCCACCGGCGCAGCGACAGCUCCACUCUGCCCUGCCUCCCGAGCAACGAAGGCCCCCCGGGGACAGGGGGGUCGCCCGGCUCGCAGAGGAGGCUCUACGCGAUGGUCAGCACGGAGGAGGAGGAAGAGGAGGAGGAGGGGUUGGGGGGAGGGCGGUAUCGGCAGAGUCCCGGGCAGGCUGUGGCGCCGCUGGCGCAGGAGGAGGCUAAUUUGGUGGGCGGUACGCCCAAAGAGUGCGUUUCGCCAACGGGUGAAAGUAAGAAAUCAGACACCCUCAAGAAGACUGAAAAAAUUGAAAUGGAGAUGCCCGCAGAAUUUGAAUGUUGUUUUUGCACAUCAAAGGACUUCAAAGAAUUCGUAGACGCCGAAAACCUGAUGCCUCUGACCACCAGCGACUUCAAAAACCCCGUUUGCCUCGAAAUGAGGAUCCUAAAGGAAUCCGAACAGAAUCUAGCCUUCUUUCCAGAAGUUGACGUCGAAAAAAAGAACACCCUGAACGGCACCGAUUUGCACAGCAUGGACAGUUCGGACACCUUUGCUAGCUGCAGAACCAAUCCAUUCAAUUCCCAGGGCGAUUUGGCAGACGACGUGACAGCCGACACCCCCAACGUCAUCGACAGCAACUUGUACGUCAAUCCUUUGGACAAGAGCGGCAACAACAGCCCCGUAAUAUCUUCAGGGGUGGGGAGAAGCGCCUGCGUGAAAAAAAGCGCUUCAGGGGACACGGGGCUGAGGAGCCUGGGAACGUCGCCCAUGGACGAGGGGUUCAAGGGUUUCGAGGCGUCGGAGAGGGGAAGUAGGGUCAGCUUGAAUGAUUCGCCGAUGAUGAAGAACAGGAAAACGAGGUUCAAGGGUCGACCGAGAACGAGAUUUGGAGACUUUUGUGAGAAUGAAUCGCAGGAAAGUUUGGAGAAAAAGAGGAAGACUUCUUUCGUACCUUCAAGAAGCCUGGCUUCAGCUACACGUAUCAUAAACCAACACUUGUUUGGUCUGCAGAAUUUGGCUCAAAAAACAGGUAGAAACUCUGGAAGUAAAUCCUCUCUCUCAGUCGACUCGAUAGACAGUCGCACCAGCCCCCAACUGGAGCUCCACAGAAGGUCGAAAUCCAUUUUGAAAAAAUCAGACAGCAGCGGCAACCGCUGCACGGACCCUGAAAGCGAACGACUCAUCUCCGACAACGUUUCGGGCUUCGAGGUGUCCUUCGGCAACGAAUACUCUCCGAACAAACGCAUGUCAUCGCCGCCGGUCAACCGGAGGUCGGUCAGUCAAAAAGCAGCGUCCAAAAACAGCCUGACGUACCAACACGAACUGGAGCGCACCAGGCUGCUGAAGUCCCAGUUGUUCCUACUGGACGAUAUCUUGAUCAAAGAGAAGCAAGCGUGCAAUAACGAACCGAAGGUUGACUCCAACAAGCUGAAAAUGUGCGGAGAUAGUAUGAACGAGGCACCACUAUAUAUUUGUCCGCCACCACCACCACUGGAAAACUCCCCUACUGAGGACACUAGGUUGCUGUAUAUGGGAGCUGCCAAGCAGGCGAAUAAUACUGUGCAGAUCAAAGGACACAAUCAAACGUCGUAGCAGUUACAGAUAUUAGGAUCAUCAUCGAGAGAGAGUGGAACCAUCAACGGUUUGGCAAGAUAGCAAAUCGACAAGGUUAGGUACACUUAUGAUGUACAAUGACGAUCGCAAUCAUUAGAAUUUGGUGCAUUUCGAAGUGCUUUGUUAUUUAGUCGGUUGGAGAUGUUAUACAGUUAGGUUUUUGGAGAAAAAUAUAUAUUCUAAAGCUACUAAAGUUGUGAAUCGAAUUUUUCAAUUAUUUUUACUUAGUGUUAUAUUUUGCGAAAGAAGAUGAGUGACAGGUGCAGUGAAAGAAUAGAACUUAUUUAAAAAGACUUGAUUUCCUGCAAAUAUAUGUGUAUACUUAAAACUGUUAUCAAGUUGAAUUUAUAGGUUGUGUUUUAAGAAAUUAAUUGCACAUCGGAUGAAGCAAAAAAUAUCGAACAAACCAUUUGAAACCAAGUUAGAUUUUUUAUAAAUGUCCUCUUUCAAUCACAAAAUCAUUUGAAUUUGUUGUGAAAUUUUUUGCUUCAUUUGUUAGUCUGUAUCAAAAAUGUCAAUGAUUGCAGCAAUAAGUUACACUGUUUAAGCAGAGUGAGAGAAUUUUGUUAUUCUAUUUGUACCAUGGUAAACCGAAUCCAGAGACAGUAGUUCAUGGUUCAAUUUCACAUCUUAGCACACUGUUUCAAUUUAUGAAUAAGGAGUAAAGAACAAAAUGUAAAGAUAUUUUGGGACGACACUUCCGGAAAGGGUCUUUAUUCUUUACUGAAUUGUCAUAAUUUGUUCUUCAUUUAUGAUUUACGCUUCCCCCAGUGAGGAUUUUUAUUAUUAUUUUCUUGGUAAAAAUAUUAUCUGAUCACUGUGACAUUUCAAACUGGUCACAAUAAUUAAAAAGAUUUACUCAAUACUGUAGGUUCACUUCGGCUAUUGCUUGAUAUGGUACUCAGUAUUUUCUCUUUUCGCACUUUCAGUGGGUUCAUUCUUUUCAAGAACUGCGAAAUAGAAUUAAAGCUAUCAAUAAUGUCAGAUUUCGGAAUUCUGUCUCAGCAAAUUUUUAAAUCGAUAGAAAUGAGGUGGGAAAAGUGAUCAGACAAUGAAAUUUGGCUUGUGCUCACUUAUGACUAUAUAAAAAUGAAUUGAGUACGGACUGGAUUCGGUGAACCAAACAAUUAUGAGCCUACUUUCGAGAGAGAUUGUAAGUGAAUAUAUUGUUAUUUUUUAUAAAAUAAUCAACGGUUUUACGGCCAGCGUGUCAUCUAUUAGACGAAUCAGCUCUAUAUAUCUUUUUUCUGUUCUUACAUAGGAUAAAUACUAUCGUUUUUCGAAAAUCUGUAUAGUAGUUUAUUAUGGUUGAUUCACACAUAUCUAGACGCGAAAUUCUAGGUUAGUAGGAGAGAUCAAUCAUAUUUGAUACAUUUGUGGUGUACACCCUUUAUCACUAUCAAUUCCUCUCUGGCACCAAAUUUGGGUUUUCACAUUCUACUAUAUGUACAGGGUGUAUCUUAAGUAGAAAAUUCAGGAGCAUGUUGCUGACGUCAACUUAUGGAGAAAAGUUCGAAUAAAUAUAUGUCCGAAAGUUAUUCGUUUCUGAGAUACAGAGUGUCAAAGUUGAAUUCUUAUUUUUGUUUUUUGUUAAUAAAUUCCAAUAUAAUUGUGAUAUUGGAAUAAAAUUUUGUAUCUAGGGGUAUUUUUCAAUGACAAUAUCAAAUUUUAUGAAAGUUUGUCUCUUUCGUGAGGUUGGCGCCACCUACAUGAGUCUUUUGGAAAGUCAUAACUAUUUUGUGCGUACCUGUAUAAUGUUCCAUAGUAGAAAAAUAGAUUUCUAGAACACUUUUGUGUAAACAAUAUAUUCCUGGUAGAGGUCGCUGCGAGCAACUGUUUUCGAGUUAUUGGGAUUCGAAAUAAUCGAUGCAUUUGAAUUAUUUCCAUGUGACUCGUAAGUCGCCUCUAGUGAAUAUCAGAAAAGGUACGCCAGUGCAUUUUUCUUCUUCCAUUCAAUAACAUUGGAAUGUAGGCAAAAUAUAUGAUUCUUAGGUACUUCUUUUUAACUACUUUUUGGACUCUUCCAAUUUAAAAAAAUAACAAUCCAGUGAGUACUUGUCAUCUUAUUUCAAUCCUGUACUUGUGAUCCAAGCUUUUUCAACUAACUGUUUAAGUAUCAAUUUGGUCUCAAUUACUGUUAUCAUUAUUAGUAUUUGAUUGUAAUAACACACGAUUCCGAUUUUUCAAUGAAAUCAAAGAAAAAGAAUUUCCCUUACUUAAUAAAUCAAUUUUCAAUUCCAACUUCUUGUCACUCCAAAUUGCAUUGAUUAUUUCAGAUCCCAAUAACUCGAAAACAGUUGCUCGCAGCGACCUCUACCAUUAAUAUAUUUUUUACACAAAAGUGUUAUAGAAAUCUAUUUUUCUACUAUAAAACGUUAUACAGGUACGCACGAAAAAGUUAUGACUUUUCAAGUCUCAAAAGACAUGUAGGUGGCGCCACCCCCACGAAAGAGACAAACUAACAUAAAAUUUGAUAUUGUCAUUGAAAAAUACACCUAGAUACCAAAUUUCAUUCCAAUAUCACAAUAAUUUUGAAAUUUAUUAACAAAAAUGACACUCUGUAUUUCAGAAAUGGAUAACUUUCGGACAUAUGUUUAUACGAACUUUUCUUCUCAUUUUGACGUCAGCAACAUGCUCCUGAAUUUUCUACACGUACUUAAGAAACACCCUGUAUAUGCUCGAAAUAUAGGUAAAUAGCUUAUGAAGCAAGUGUUUACAAAAACGGUGACUGUAACACUAAUGUAUCAAAGUGAUAUGAUCACUCCAGAUGUGCAGAGAUGGAUAAAAAUCAAUCUAAUCAAUCACUAUUUUAAUUUGAAUAAUAUAUGUGACUAUGUAGAAUAUUAAAAAUUAGGAGUUUCUACUUCCUGAGACAUGCUUGGUGCAAAAUUGAAUCGACGGUGAUAAAAUAAGAUAAUAGUAAAGAAUUUUCGUUUUGGAAACAUGAAUUUAUGCUACAAAUGAUCAAUUGUUCACGCCUCUGUAUUACAGCAACACAA